GAGUUUCCUUAUCAUGUGUCCACGCACAGUGACAUAUCGCAAUAGCGCAUGACAAAGAGGAGACAAAUAUUGACGUCAAGGGCGUUUGACACUGUCAGUGCUACGCCUUACCCUCUAGCCUCUGACGAGAGAAGGGUGAUGGUCCACUUGGUGGCGAAGGACAGUGGCAAGCCCCCAUAGCAGCAGACAAAGCGCGGCCAAAACCAACAUGUGCUUAAAAAGGGUUUUGAUUGAUUUUGAUUUGAUUGAUCGAUUGAUCGAUCGAUCAAUCGAAACGUAACGACAACAGUCUUCCCUUUCUUUGUUGACGAGCUACACCACAACCUCGAGUCGGGUCUUGGUACCCCCCGGCUGCAGCAGCAUGGCUCCGCGACAGGACACCUCAUUCCGCUCGGCGGACAUGAGCUUGGUGCAGCUUUACGUCUCCAACGAAAUCGAUCGGGAGGUUGUUACUGCCCUAGGCGAGCUUGGAUUGUGUCAGUUCCUCGACCUUAAUGAGAAUGUCAGCUCCUUUCAGCGAACUUUCACCCAGGAGAUCCGACGCCUUCACAAUGUCGAGCGACAGCUGCGAUACUUCCAUGCGCAGAUGGGAAAGGCCAGAAUCACACUUCGAAAACUUGAUCUUGAUGCUGAGAUGCUUGCGUCGCCCUCUACCUUGCAAAUUGUUGAAGUCGCCGAGCGAAGCCAGAAGCUUGAGCAGCGCGUCUCCGCACUGAACGACAGCUACGAGACCCUCAAGAAGGGUGAGCGCGACCUCACUGAAUGGCGCUGGGUGCUGAGGGAGGCUGGCAGCAUCUUUGAUCGCGCUUCCGGCAACCUGGAGGAGAUUCGAGUCUCUACACAUAACGAUGACGUGCAGUUGCUCUCCGACGUUGAGCAGUAUAACGCUGCACCUGACGUCGAGAGAGCACUUUCGGGCAUGAGAAUUGACUUCGUCGCUGGCGUCAUCUCCAGGGAUCGUGCUGCUACUUUUGAGCGUAUCCUCUGGCGAACUCUUCGUGGCAACCUGUACAUGAAACAGUCAGAAAUUCCGGAGCCGUUGACUGACCCCACGAACAACGAGGCUGUCAAGAAGAAUGUCUUUCUCAUCUUCGCUCAUGGCAAAGAGAUUGUCUCAAAGAUCCGGAAAAUCGCUGAAUCCAUGGGAGCUGGGGUAUACAAUGUCGACGAGAACAGCGACCUUCGACGCGACCAGAUUCAAGUGGUGAACAAGCGUCUCGAGGACGUCCAGAGCGUCCUUCGCAACACCCAGGCUACUCUUGAGGCAGAGCUCAACCGAAUUUCGCAGUCUCUGUCUGCCUGGAUGGUGCUCAUUGCAAAGGAGAAGGCUGUGUACACCACCCUCAACCUGUUCUUUUAUGAUCCUGCCCACUGGACCCCCAUUGCUGAGUGUUGGUGUCCCACCAAUGACUUGCCUCUCAUUAGGACUACUCUCCAGGACGUCACCAACCGAACUGGCCUAUCCGUUCCGUCCAUCAUCAACGAGAUUCGAACCAACAAGAAGCCACCUACUUAUCUGAAGACGAAUAAAUUUACCGAAGGCUUCCAGACCAUUGUCAAUGCGUAUGGUACACCGACCUACCAGGAGGUUAACCCGGUAAUGCCUGCCAUUGUUACCUUUCCUUUCCUUUUUGCUGUAAUGUUUGGUGACUUUGGACACGCUGUUAUCAUGAUCUCUGCUGCGCUGGCCAUGAUCUAUUGGGAAAAGCCUCUGAAGAAGGUUACAUUCGAACUGUUCGCCAUGAUCUUCUACGGCCGAUACAUUGCGCUGGUCAUGGCUGUUUUCUCUUUAUUCACUGGACUCAUCUACAAUGACGCGUUUUCCAAGUCUAUGACCCUAUUUGACAGCGCUUGGACGUUCAAGAAGCCGGAGGGCUGGCAAGAACAACAGCCUGUUUCUGCUACAUUAAACGACGACGGCUACCGUUACCCGUUCGGUCUAGAUUGGGCAUGGCAUGGAACAGAGAACGAUCUUCUCUUCAGCAACAGCUACAAGAUGAAGAUGAGUAUCAUCCUCGGCUGGGCUCACAUGACCUACUCGCUUUGCUUCUCCUACAUCAACGCGAGACAUCUGAAGAAGCCCAUUGAUAUUUGGGGUAACUUCCUUCCUAAAAUGAUCUUUUUCCAGGCUAUCUUCGGCUAUCUCGUCUUUUGCAUUAUCUAUAAGUGGUGCGUAGACUGGCUUGGCACCGGUGCGCAGCCUCCUGGCCUUCUGAACAUGUUGAUCUACAUGUUCCUGCAGCCUGGAACUCUUGACGAGCGCUUGUACGCUGGCCAAGAGUAUGUCCAGGUCAUUCUGCUUUUAAUAGCUUUUGUCCAGGUCCCGAUUCUACUCUUCCUCAAGCCCUUCUUUCUUCGUUGGGAACAUCACCGUGCCCGCGCUAAGGGUUACCGCGGCAUUGGCGAAACCUCCCAUGUUAGCAUCCUGGACGGUGACGAUGAGAGCGAGGAUUUGGUCAAUGGACACGGCGAUAUCUUUGACGAUGAUGAGGAGGGUGUUGCAAUGAUUGCCCAGAACAUUGGCGAAGACCACGAGGAGUUUGAGUUUGGCGAGGUCAUGAUUUACCAAGUCAUCCACACUAUUGAGUUUUUCUUGAACUGCGUUUCCCACACUGCUUCAUAUUUACGUCUCUGGGCCUUGUCGCUGGCCCAUCAGCAACUGAGUGUGGUGCUUUGGAAUAUGACUCUUGGCCGUGCUGUGAAGAUGGGAGGCGUUGUCGGCGUUAUUAUGAUUGUCGUCUGUUUCUAUUUGUGGUUCUUCCUCACGAUUGUCAUCUUGGUGUGCAUGGAGGGUACCAGUGCCAUGUUGCACUCGCUCAGAUUGGCGUGGGUUGAGUCCUUCUCCAAGUUCGCAGAGUUUGCGGGCUGGCCGUUCACACCAUUCUCGUUCAAAACUUUGUUAGAGGAGUCGGAAGAGUUGAAAGACUACUUGGAAUGA